AUUUAAUAUUUUUUCGGCCACCAAUUUCCAAAUUCACUUUUACCUCAGAUUCAAGCAGCCGCAACAAAUAGUAUUCGACGCAAGCGAUCGACCAACACAGAGGGCAAAUCAGUUGCGGCCUGACCAUGAGCCCCCUUCCCCGAGUCAACAUCGACCAGCCCAAAUAUGACCAGGAAUCGUAUGUGGGCAGGGCCAAGCACUUCUUCCUGCUGACCAAUCCACUGAAUGUGCUGGCCUCCGCCGCAAAACUGGAGGAGGCCCGCCAGAUCGUGCUGAAGUACCGGGCCGGCAAGGAUGUGCCCGAGUGCAAGACCAUCGACGAUGUGUGGCGAGCCAAGUACCUGUACGAUUCGGCGUUCCAUCCGGAGACGGGCGAGAAACAGAUUGUGAUCGGGCGCAUGGCGGCACAGAUGCCCAUGAACAUGCUCAUCACCGGAGGCAUGAUGGCCUUCUACAAGAGCACGGCCGCCGUUGUCUUCUGGCAGUGGUCUAAUCAAACGUUCAACGCCAUCGUCAACUUCACGAACCGCUCGGGCACAUCGCCCAUCAGCCAGUCGCAAUUGAUCACCUCGUACUGCCUGGCCACCAGCGGAGCCCUGGCCACGGCCUUGUCCCUCAACCGGGCGGUGAAGAACAUGAAUCCGCUCCUGGGCCGCCUCGUACCUCUGGUUGCAGUGGGAGCGGCCAACUGCAUCAACAUUCCCUGCAUGCGGAUGCAGGAGUUGCGUAAUGGAGUUGUGCUCCUGGAUGAGAACAACAAAGAGAUGGGCAUAUCCAAGAAGGCGGCCGUUGUGGGCAUCUCAGCCGUUAUCCUGAGUCGAAUCGCCAUGGCCAUUCCCGGAAUGACACUGACGCCACUGCUGAUGAAUACCCUCGAGAAGAGGGGAUUCCUGGCCAGAUUUCCACGGUCCAACGCACCCAUCCAAACGCUCUUCUGCGGCUUCGUGCUGAUUUUCGCCACGCCCCUCGGCUGCGCCUUCUUCAAGCAGCGGGCGGGGAUCAAGGUGGACAGUCUGGAGACAGAGGUGCGCGACGAUAUCAAGAAGAAGCGCCCGGAUCUGGACACCGUCUGGUUCAACAAGGGCCUGUGAGCCACUGUGCAAUCUACGAGCUUAACGAAGACAAUAUUGCUUUAAUCAGUCGCCUAUUUAUUUAGUCACCAUGCAUUUAUUAGCAUUUUGCCCGUUGAGUUUCGUCCGAAAUACUCAUGAGAUUAUUCCUUGGACGCACAUUCUUAGCGACGUGAGACGUGAGGGUAUGAAAUUAUUCAGCGUUUUGUGUAAAAGUGAAGAAACCAAAUAUAGAUUCUGUUAACUGUUGGA